AACUGAGCUUUAAUGGUGGUGGAUGUAAUUUUAUGCAAUACCCGCCUGUUCUGUCUCUUUUUCAAUGUUAUUACUCACCAGCUUCACGUGCACUUGUCUCUGCAUGCUGCUGCCAUCAUUGCACCUCGUGCACCAUGCUGUGGAGCUGCAUAUGGGAGCAAGAAGGUCAAUGAAGGGAGAUCCCAUCCUCUUUUUGCAAGUGGAGCAAAGCAGAGGCCUUUUUCAUCACCAUUGCAUCUUCCAUUAUUGCUUAUGCUUCAGGUUUCAAUCACAGAUGUACAGUCUAGUUGAAGAAGAGAAGCUCAUUUCAGUGUCCUCUUGGGUUUAGGAUUGGUUCAGUUGGAGUCCAGCUGAUGUUUCUGGCCUGGCUGUGGAUCUCAAAGUACCCAUGCUGUGUGUUUCCUAUGUGUGGUUGGGAAAUCACCUCCUUCCCUUUCUUGCAUGUUAUGUGAACCUUGCUCAUACUGUUGACAGAGGAAAGCCAAGAAACAGUUUGACUUUGGAAACAUUUUCAGCCAGACUUAAGAAAUGCUCUUAAGUGAUGUUUGUGUUUAAUUUAUGGUGGUAACAGCUGGCAGGAGGAGAGAGAAGGUGCUUAGUAAAACCAAUUCAGCUGGAUACGGGCACUGAAGUUGCUUCGAUUUUCAGCGAGCCAAGGAAAAAAAGGGAAGUUUUGAGUCUUUUGAUGCGUGUUUCAUCUUCCUGUCUGGGCAGGGUGUAUUAGGCCAAAGGUGCACACUUGUCUUCUGUUGGGAGAAAUAGUUUUAAGGAUAGUGAAAUGGUGAUGCGUUUUGAGGCAGGUUGCUCACAGCCCAGCUGUUUUGGUUAGGGCUUGGUGGAGAAGCUGCUCACAGUGGCUUGGGAUUCCCAAGGUUCCCAAUGCAAGCACCAUGUGCUGCCCUUACCAGGAACCUUCCUAAAACAACCAUUGGGUGAGCACCUGGGGAAACGAAUGUUCUGAGGAAGGAAAGCAGGGCUGGCUCCCAUUGUAUGGGGAUGGUUAUCCCUGUGGGAUGUGUCAGUGAGGAGUGAGCUGCUGUUCCCACUGUCAGAAUGGGAGAUGUGGGCAGAACCCAAGACGUGCUGUUGUUAUUUGAUGGUGACAGCAGUUCUGCCAGUGCAGCUGGGAGAGAUCCCAUCCAGCAGGAGCUCAAAUGUCCCUGCCACUAAAAGCCAUACUGUGAGGCCUUCCUGGGGACAAGGACAGGGCAGAGUAUGCCAGCCAGGCUCUGCUGGAGUGGGAGGCAAGGGUGGGAAGCAACAGGCUGGAAGACCAGAGCAGCUCUGGGCAGCGCUUGUCCCCUGCAUCCUGUAGCUCGCACGUGUUGUGUUUCCCAAAGCCUCCUGGCCGCUGGGCAGCUGCCACGUUUGCUUUUGCACAGCCUUAUAAAACAGAGGCUUGGAGGCUUUUCUGCUCCUCCCCAGGGGCUGAAAGCUGCGUGGCUCUGUCUCUCCCUCCUGCACCUUUUGCUAUGUCCGGCCUGAACAUUUCCAUCGGCUUUUUCUUCCUGGUGCUUGGCACGUGCGAGGUGCUCAGGCGACUCUCCAAGAGGCUGCUGGCCCCGGGGCUGCUGGGGUGCCUGGCUGCAGAGCUGGCAGGCUCACUGCUGCUGUGCUCUGGCUGCCUGGAGCUGAGGAUGCUGCUGGAGAUCGGCCCAUGGGGUGGCCUUGGCCCUGAUGUGGUUCUGACUCUGUUCUUCCUCCUCUUCAUGGUUCACACCGCCUGCGCAAAUGGAGCAGCUGCCAACCCCACCAUCUCUCUCCAGGAGUUCCUUCUCUUUGAAUGUGGCCCCGUGGCCACUGUGGCCAAACUGCUGGUCCAGUGUGUGGGUGCAGGGAUGGGCUGGGCCCUCACCAAGCUCUACUGGUCCUGGGAGCUGACACAGCUCCACCUCAUCCAGAAACUGAUGGCUUCUGAGUGCAGCUCCUCCAUCCGCACGUCCCCCCAUCUCGGAGCUCUGGUGGAAGCUGCCUGCUCCUUCUUCUUCCACCUCGUCCUCCUCAGGGUGCGCCGCAGCCCUGCUGUGUGCCGGCUGCCUGUCCUGGCAACCACCGUCACCUUCCUGACCUACGUAGCCACACCAGCCACGGGAGCAUUCUUCAACCCUGCCCUGGCCACGGCCAGCACCUUCCUGUGCACAGGGAGCAGCCUGCAGGAGUACAUCCAGGUGUACUGGCUGGGGCCUCUUGCAGGUAUGCUCGCCGCCCUCUUGCUCUACCAAGGCAACAUCCCAAGGUUCUUCCAAAGAAACCUGCUGUAUGGCCAGAGGAGCAAAUACAGGAUUCCCAAGGCCAGGGUGACUCAUGCAGAAGAUGGAGAGCAGCGGCAGAAGGGGAAAGGGGAGAAGAGCAACCCAGCACCUCAUGCUUGAGCCCCUCUGCUGGGGAGCAGUGCUGGCAUGGAGCAUUUUGCACGCCCAAGCCUGCAAAGGGGAAACUAAUGUGUUUGCAGAAAUGACUGGUUGUCUGGUGCACGCAGGAAGAUUGCAGAAGCUCAGGACCAUUGCGUGGGCAUGCUUGGGCAACUCCCAGGUGGUUGCAUCAUGUCAUGUUUGAAAUCAUCUGUCUGUUUCUCUUACAGCCAUAAAAACAGUGUAAUAAGUCUUGGAGACUUGGGGUGAGGAGGAGGCUAUCUGUAAAGUUUGGCAUUAUUUGAGCUCAACUGAAGCUUCCAAAUCACACAGCUCAAGGAGAAGGGUGCAGCGUGGGCACAGCAUGCCCUGCUUCCCCAAUGCAAUGCUUAACCUGUGUUUUGCAUGCAGCUGGGAGCUGCAAGGUGACAAUAACGGGUUCAUAAAGCAUCUUUGGUUACAA